ACACCGAAUUGUUGACUGAACUCGACGGGAUCGGCUGCACUUCGGCUUGACCGCUAUGCCAUUGGUGCCUGGACACCCCCCUCGACGUGUGCAGUGCUGCUUCACUAAAAUCGGAGUACAAUACCGUCUCGGACUGCCUUCCGAAGGCCUGUCGACCGAAUAUCCGAAGAUAUCAGUAACAGUACCGGAAAAUAAUAAAAAAGUGAUAUCGUAUACCGUGGAGUGCAAAAAGUUGCAUAAUAAAACUAUCGCUCGCUAAUAAAGCUGGGAAGAGGAUCAAGUGUUUCCUGAUAAUAUCCGGAAAAUUACGUCUAGCGAUAACUACCAGAGAGACAUCGUUAUCACAACCAAAUGAAAAUUACUUUCCGACAUCGGAACUUAAAUGAAAAAAAACGAGAUAAUCGUUUGUACAAGAGGAUAACUUUAAAACGCCAAUAUUAGUCAUAAGAUAUUUGAGCGACCUACUCUUAAAAAGGAAACAUAUUUUACAAGAAUAAAAAUUUCAGAUGUAGAUAGCAUAGCCUUACCACUUUGUACACGACACGAAAAAUCAGAAGCAUUCAAAUAAAGUAAUAAUAUUUUAAACAUAACGAAGACUCACAACGAUCGGCAAAAUGCAUUCCAUACGUGCUUAUCAGGCAUUGAACAAGCACAGAACUGCGUUGCAAAUAUGGAAAAUCGCCGCGAGAUCCUUCGGCACAGAUGUGGAAUACAAGCCAAUCAGGAGUGUCCUUGUGGCCAAUCGAGGAGAAAUCGCCAUUCGCGUGUUUCGUGCUUGCACGGAGCUUGGCAUACGCUCCGUAGCGAUUUACUCGGAGCAGGAUAAGAUGCAGAUGCACAGGCAGAAAGCAGAUGAGGGUUACUUAGUAGGCAGAGGGUUACCUCCCGUUCAGGCUUAUCUGAACAUCUCCGAGAUUAUCCAGGUUGCCAAGGAGAACAACGUCGACGCUAUACAUCCUGGAUAUGGAUUCCUGUCAGAGAGAGCGGACUUUGCACAAGCCGUGACUGAUGCGGGUAUUAGAUUCAUCGGGCCCAAUCCAAAAGUCGUUCAGCAAAUGGGGGACAAGGUGGCUGCUAGACAAGCUGCAAUUGAAGCUGGGGUACCCAUUGUACCGGGAACGGAUGGACCGGUGACGACUUCUGACGAAGCGAUGGAGUUCUGCAUGAAGCAUGGGCUUCCGGUUAUCUUUAAGGCAGCGUAUGGAGGUGGAGGACGAGGUAUGAGAGUCGUGAAACGCAUGGAAGAGGUUCGCGAGAUGUUCGAUCGUGCGUCCUCUGAAGCGGCAGCUGCUUUUGGAAAUGGUGCAAUGUUCAUCGAAAAGUUCAUCGAGAGGCCACGUCACGUCGAGGUCCAAUUACUCGGAGAUCACGCCGGCAAUGUCGUGCAUUUGUACGAGCGCGACUGCUCCGUGCAGCGUCGUCACCAGAAGGUCGUCGAAAUUGCGCCAGCUCCAUCAUUAUCGGCCAGAGUUCGCGAGAAGAUGACCGAUUACGCCGUCAAGUUGGCGAGGCACGUCGGUUACUCGAAUGCCGGUACCGUGGAAUUCCUGGUUGACGAAUCUGGGAAUUUCUACUUCAUUGAGGUCAAUGCUCGAUUGCAGGUCGAACACACAGUAACCGAGGAAAUCACUGGAAUCGACCUUGUACAAUCUCAAAUCAGAAUUGCUGAAGGUAUGACGUUGCCGGAACUCGGCAUGACUCAAGAAAAAAUCAUACCUCAAGGAUUCGCGAUCCAGUGUCGAGUGACCACAGAAGACCCGGCUAAGAACUUCCAACCGGAUACCGGAAGAAUAGAAGUCUUCCGUUCUGGCGAGGGUAUGGGUAUCCGAUUGGACGGUGCAUCCGCAUUCGCCGGAGCUAUAAUUUCACCGUAUUACGAUUCCCUUCUUGUUAAGGUGAUCGCACACGCCGGAGACCUUCAGUCAUCCUGCGCAAAGAUGAACCGGGCACUCCGCGAGUUCCGUGUACGUGGCGUAAAGACGAACAUACCAUUCCUGCUGAAUGUUUUAGAAGACCAAAAGUUCCUCAACGGUAUCGUCGAUACGUACUUCAUCGACGAGAACCCACAACUCUUCCAACUGCAACCGAGCCAAAAUCGAGCACAAAAAUUGCUUAAUUACAUCGGUACGGUCCUAGUGAAUGGACCCAGUACUCCACUGGCCACCCAGCUGAAGCCAGCAGACAUCAAGCCGCACAUUCCGCAAAUUGCACUAGACUUUGCUAAGCUUGCAGCUGCAGAAGACACCAAUGAUCCGGACGCACCAGGAAUUUUGGAUCCGCCGAAGGGAUUCCGUCACAUUUACAAAGAACAAGGACCGGAAGCUUUCGCCAAGGCUAUUAGAGAGCACAAAGGAUUACUCUUAAUGGACACUACGUUCCGCGAUGCUCAUCAGUCUCUGCUAGCGACUCGUGUGCGAUCGCAUGAUCUGCUGACGAUCUCCCCCUUCGUCGCUCACAAAUUCAGCAAUCUUUACUCGCUGGAGAACUGGGGUGGCGCGACCUUCGAUGUCGCUUUAAGAUUUCUUCAUGAAUGUCCCUGGGAACGAUUGGAGGACAUGCGGAAAGCCAUUCCUAACAUACCAUUCCAGAUGCUCCUGAGAGGCGCUAAUGCUGUCGGAUACACAAAUUAUCCCGACAACGUCGUCUUCAAGUUCUGCGAGCUAGCUGUGAAGACAGGCAUGGACAUCUUCAGGGUAUUCGAUUCAUUGAAUUAUCUACCAAAUCUCAUCGUCGGUAUGGAGGCUGCUGGAAAAGCCGGGGGUAUCGUUGAAGCGGCGAUUUCCUACACGGGUGAUGUGAGCGAUCCAACUCGCACCAAAUACAAUUUGAAGUACUACAUCGAUCUGGCGGACGAGCUGGUCAAAGCGGGCACUCAUGUUCUGGCGAUCAAGGACAUGGCUGGAUUGCUCAAACCGAGAGCGGCUGAGAUACUGGUCGAUGCAAUCAGACAGAAGCAUCCGGACGUACCACUUCACAUACAUACGCACGAUACUGCUGGAGCUGGAGUGGCAUCAAUGUUAGCUUGCGCGAGGAGCGGUGCUGAUGUUGUAGAUGUUGCUGUCGACAGCAUGUCCGGCAUGACCAGUCAACCCUCCAUGGGCGCUGUCGUUGCUUCUCUUCAAGGAACGGACCUAGAUACCAAAUUGGAACUUCCUGACAUCUCCGAAUACUCCGCGUAUUGGGAACAGACGAGAACGCUUUAUGCGCCGUUCGAGUGCACAACGACGAUGAAGUCCGGGAACGCAGAUGUCUAUCUCAACGAGAUUCCCGGUGGCCAGUACACGAAUCUGCAAUUCCAAGCUUACUCGCUCGGUCUGGGCGAAUUCUUCGAAGACGUGAAGAAGGCGUACAGACACGCGAAUCUUUUGCUCGGCGACAUCAUCAAAGUCACGCCGAGCUCAAAGGUAGUCGGUGAUCUGGCGCAGUUUAUGGUCCAGAACAAACUGACUGCCGACGACGUCUUGAAAAGAGCCGAGGAAUUGUCAUUUCCCAAAUCGGUGGUCGAGUUUCUUCAGGGCGCCAUUGGUGAACCCCACGGUGGAUUCCCCGAACCCUUGAGGUCGAAGGUUCUCAAGGACAUGCCGCGCGUACAGGGCAGACCAGGCGCGAGUCUGCCACCACUCGACUUCUCUGCCUUGAAAAGGGAGUUGUACGAAUCUUACCCGCACGUCACCGAAAGGGAUGUCAUGUCAGCCGCGCUUUAUCCUAAAGUAACGAAAGACUAUCUGAGCUUCAAGGAACAGUUUGGCCCGGUGGACAAACUGGAAACCAGGAUUUUCCUCACAGGGCCCAAAGUGGGAGAAGUAUUCGACGUCACGAUCGAGAAGGGCAAGACUCUGGGUAUCAAGACCCUGGCAGUUGCCGAGGAUCUCACGAAGAAUGGCGAACGCGAGGUGUUCUUCGAGAUGAACGGUCAACUGAGAUCUGUGUUCAUCAAGGAUAAAGAAGCCGUCAAGGAACUUCACGUGCACCCGAAAGCGGUGAAGGGUAACAGCGACCAAUUGGGAGCGCCGAUGCCCGGCGAAGUGAUCGACAUCAGGGUAAAAGUGGGUGAUACCGUGGAAAAGGGUGCAGCGUUGGUCGUGCUGUCCGCCAUGAAGAUGGAGAUGGUCGUGCAGGCGCCCAGAGCAGGAAAGAUUAAGACUCUUGACAUCAAUCACGGCAUGAGGCUGGAGGGAGAUGAUCUUGUUCUAACAUUUGAGUAGAUUAUCGAGUGCGACCUUCAGAAGUCAAUUCGAAAAAGGAAAUUAUUUUCCUAGCACAAAGACACAUGGGAAUAUGCAUAUACACGUAAAUAUAUCUACAUGUAAGCAGACGCUGUUGUUUGCUUCGGUAUGUGUGGAAGGGAAGAUCUUCAGAAAUCCUUGCUGUAAGUAUCUUGGAUCAAGACUUUCUGUUAGACAUUAACACCCUCAUCGAUGAUAACCAGGAUUUUGUCCAGGAUCAUCGAUUGUACGAUUAAGUGAUCGAGAAAGGACUUAUAUAUCCCUAAUUAUUCACGAGGUUUUGCUAUAUGCUGAUAAACUGUUUUAAUGGUUAUUGUUAUAUUUAUUAGAUUGUGUAUAUAGCGCAAGGCCAUGUGCUAUAGAGGAUGCUCGAAAGCCCGUGACGUAAAUACAAAUAUAAGUCCGUCUGUACAUUAGACAAUAAUAAAUGUGCCGUAUUUAAUAAUUAAAGAUGAAAUUUCAUGUGAAAUGUAUUAUUUUCUCGUUUUAGUCAGAAUGUCACGGUUUUAUUUUAAAGUAUCAAUAUUUUGAACAUCCUGUAUAAGUCAUGAAUGGUCAAUGUGAUCAAUGUGAUACAAUUGAACGAAGCUGCCUAAAUAUAUCGAUUAAUACCAAGGAUAUAGAGCGUUCAUUUAAGUAAAGAAUUUGAUAAUACAAUCACGAAAAGCUUCCUGGAGCAACAUAUUCUACGAAAUUUUACAUAAAUCGACUGCUGAAUGCACUUAUAAAAAGUUACAUUUGAGUAUACGGAAAACAGAUAUGUUACUUUUUCUUGUUAUAUUAUGGUAUACACCUUAUUAUAGCAUAAGUAACAUAUAGAUAUCUAAGGGAACAAAAAGGAAACUAUAAAACAAUUAAUCUGAAAAAGAAAAUCUAUAUGCUUGGAAUAUUCGCAAGAGUGAUUGUAAAAAUUUCAAAAUAUUCUGGAGUUUACUAAUUUUUGACAAAUCUGUUAUCAAUGUUCAAAUGUGCACGUUUUGUAACUGUUUACAUCAUGAUUCGUUUUAUCUAUUCUUAAUGAGCAAUGUACAAAAGAAUGAAAGAAAGAUGAAGUACCUUUUCAAGAUCGAAACUGUGUUAAUUAUAGCGUGUUAAUUAUAGCGUGUAUGCAUAAGCGAUUACCCUGAUAAUUCAAUUAUGAUCGAGCCUUCACGAAUGAUUUACCAAGCAUAUGAAAAAAAUCAUUCUGAAAAGGGUGUAGACAAGACGACUUUUCUUGAAAAGCUUUAUCUUUACCUUCAACAUCAAGUGUUAUACUUUUGAAUCAAAAACAAGACCAUCGACUAGACAAAAGAGAGAUUAUAUUGAAGUAAGAUUGUGAGUAAUUAUAAAGAUAGUGUGUGUUCUAUAAUUUUAUAAUUAUUUUAAUAUUAGCCAAAUUUAUUGGGGAAAAAAUAUAUAUAUAUACAAAAAUGAAUAUAAUAAAUCUAUAUAAAUAUGUACAUAGUUGUGCCAUGAACGCGGGUGUAAUAUUUUGAUUGUAUGUAUGCAUGUUUCCUCUCGUUAACAUACCCGCGUAUGUAAUGUUGAUAAUAUAUUUAUGAAGAGGCGAUUAUGGGAAAUAUAUUGUAAUGUUAUACAUUGUUGCAUUUGUACGAUACAAAUAUAACAAAUGCAAUAUUAUUAUAUAUAUUAUUAUUAUAUCUUAUAACUAUUGCAUCCUUUCUUGCAUUUCUGCAUUCAUUUACAGAAUCCAUAAUAUUUGUUCUUCUACUUCAAAAUAGAUAUUAUUAAGUUCAGUGGAUAUUACGUACAUUACAAACAAUUUAUAGGUCUGCGUAAGUUAUGUUCAAUUUUUGUUUGAUAUCUUACUUGAAAUUAUAUAUUUUUUCAAUAAAAACAUAUCUUUUUUGCAACAAUUA